AUGUCAAACGCCAAGACCAGACCGGCUAAACAGCCUCGUUCUGGGCUUUGCGUGGUCGAUACAAAUGCUCGAGCCUCACACAAGCCCCCUGUGCCUCUGGUAGUGAAAGAGUUCAUUCCACAAGGACCAUUGACGCUGUACUUCUGGGCAGGUCGGUUUGAUCGGGAGAUCGAUAUUGGAAUCCCAGAUUCCAUCGGGAGACUGGAGAUCCUGCAAAUCCACACGAAAAACAUGAAGCUGUCCGAUGACGUGGAUCUCGAGAGGAUUGCCCAUGAUACCCACGGCCAUGUUGGCGCUGACCUGGCUGCGCUGUGCUCGGAGGCAGCACUGCAGGCCAUUCGGAAGAAGAUGAGCAUCAUCGAUCUGGAGGAUGACACCAUCGAUGCUGACGUCCUUAACUCCAUGGCUGUCACCAUGGACGACUUCCAGUGGGCACUGGGCCAGAGUAACCCGUCUGCUCUCCGUGAGACGGUGGUAGAGGUCCCGACUGUGACCUGGGAGGACAUCGGGGGUCUGGACGAGGUGAAACGGGAGCUGCAGGAGCUGGUGCAGUACCCAGUGGAAUACCCAGACAAGUUCCUGAAGUUCGGAAUGACCCCUUCGCGCGGUGUUCUGUUCUACGGGCCCCCCGGGUGUGGCAAGACCCUGUUAGCCAAGGCAAUAGCCUGCGAGUGUCAGGCUAACUUUGUCUCCAUCAAAGGUCCCGAGUUACUCACCAUGUGGUUCGGUGAGUCGGAAGCUAACGUCAGGGAUGUGUUUGACAAGGCGCGGCAGGCUGCUCCAUGUAUCUUGUUCUUUGAUGAGCUGGACUCCAUCGCCAAGUCCCGGGGAGGGAGUGCCGGUGAUGGUGGGGGAGCAUCAGACAGGGUGAUCAACCAGAUCCUCACUGAGAUGGACGGCAUGUCAGACAAGAAGAACGUCUUCAUCGUGGGGGCCACCAACAGGAGGACCGCGUUUACCCCAUCGGCUUAUUGUUUCGGUUCUCAGAACGUGGACUUGGCGUAUCUGGCCAAAAUAACGCACGGCUUCUCGGGGGCUGACCUGACUGAGAUCUGCCAGAGGGCCUGUAAGCUUGCCAUCAGAGAGGCCAUCGAGGCGGAGAUUAAACGGGAACAGGAGCACCAAACUAACCCAGACGUAGCCAUGGAAGAUGACUACGAUCCUGUCCCCGAGAUUCGCCGUGACCACUUUGAGGAGGCCAUGAGGUUCGGUCGCCGCUCAGUCAGUGACAACGACAUCAGGAAAUAUGAAAUGUUUGCGCAGACACUGCAACAGAGCAGAGGCUUCGGGAACUUCAGGUUUCCGUCCAGCAAUCCGAGUGGCGGCCAGGGGAGCGGUGACGGAGGGAGUGGAGGGAACUUGUAUCGCGAAGAGGGGGAUGACGAUCUCUACAACUGAGCAGCGGGGUUCAGAGGUCAAAGACUUACAGGGUCAUGGUCUGGGGAAGGCAGCCUUUGCACACUGCCAAGGGAAGACCUGUUAGCUUUCACCCUCGCUGGAAAGUGACACGCUAUUUGUGGAUUCUGCAUUCACUCCCGCUUUUUUUUUUGAACUCUGACCCCACGUUCUCAAGGCUCGGUUUUGGCAGGCAUGACCCGGUACCCUGUACAGGUACACCGGGAGUAAACAUGCCUGUCCUUCGCCGUGGUUACUGUGUGGGCAUUGAGUGCAUGCAUGUGUGGGUUUGUGUAUAUAUAAAGGUACGUGUGUGAGUGCGAGUUCAGCCCUGUACAUUAUGACUGCUAUCCAUUCAGAUGCGGGCAAGAUAGCUCAGUUUUUCACAAUGUGACUAAACCGAACCAAAGGCCUGGUCCCUGGAGACAGAAAAAGACCUUUUCUGCUUUAUUAGGUAUGAGUCAGAGAGUUAUACAGCACAGAAACAGACCCUUCGAUCCAAUGUGUCCAUGCCGAACACAAUUCCAAACCUUGUUUUACAGAGUUUGGUAUUCUCGAAAGAAUUUCAGUGGUCAACAUUGAGGGAAAAGCUGCGAUCUGAGUUGUGUCUCUAAUCCCAACAUCUCAUCCAGCUCGAUUUCUGACCGUCUUAGAAUUCAUUUUGGUGGCCAGCCAUGUACUACAAACUGAAAUAUAUUGUCUGAGACGAGGAACAGGGUGGGUGUCUGGGGGCCUGAUAAAAAGGGUCUCACUCACCAACCUCGCAGACCUUCUGGGUAAAGAUCAGGUAUAAUCUUUCUGACCUAUAUUUUGCUGUCUCCAAUCCCAACUCCAAACCGUUCAGAUUGAAAAUCUUCAUCCUUGUGUCCACAUCCGUUCAUCCCCUUGAGAAGAUCAAUGUCUGUGACUUCCCUCUGCCCUACAAUUGACCCUCUUGCAUUGUGUCACCUUGACAGCCUCCACUGGGCCUGGGAUGUGCUACUCAAUAGGCCCCAGGCCUCAGUGUAAGUUAGGCCUGUCAACUGGGAGUGUGGCUAACGCUCCAACUCAGAGUGCCCCAGACUGUUUAGCAAGUUGGGCUUACAGUCCAGGCUGUAGCUGUGAUGGGGACAGUGUAGGAUCCACGCAACAAAAAUAAGGGUUUAACUUGAACUUUCUCUGGACAUGUUCUUAUUUCAAAGAGAUGUUGCGAUGAGGACAUUUGAUUGGGUAAGGGAAUACGUCGAUGAUGAACUGUGCCUUCCCGCUGGAGAACACACUGUGGAGGUGGUCAUGUAACCCCCAUCUCCAGGCCUGGGUUUAUGACCGUGAUUCCAAUCCACCUGGACAAAUAUAUCUCUUUCUGUCCCUCUCUGUGUUCCUGUCUGUGUGUGUCUCUCUCUCUCUCUCUCUCUGUCUGACUCUCUGUCCGUUUCUGUCCCUCUCUGUCUGUCUCUUUGUCUCACUCUCCCCUUCUCUUUGUCAUUGUCUAUCUGUCCUUCCCUCUCUCCCAGCCUUUCUUUCCCUCUCUGUCUCUCUCCCUCUCUUUCCAUUUCUGCUCCUCUCUGUCUUUGCCUAUCUCUGUGUCUCCCUCUCUCAGUCAGUGUCACUCUCUCACACAUGUACUCUCUCUCUUUCUCUGGCGAAAGUUGUCCAAGUGCAGAUUGUUGAUCGAACGAGUCAGAAUUGUGAUGUCUGACAGUGUGUCGCAUGUUUUGCCAGAUUGAGGUGGACUUUCCUAUUCUGUCAUAAUCAGAUGACGUUGUACACACUUAUAAAAUCUAGAAGUCACUUCCUGCUGUAACGUGUCAGAGAAAAGGAAAAGCUUAUCUGCUGUGAAUUUAAAAUGGACAAUAAAGGUGCUGAACUUUAAUUCCA